GACACUCGUGUGUGCUGGGAGGUUGCCGUUUCAGCCCUUGUCCUCCUCCCGUAGCGCCGCCGCGCUCGUGCCGGCGGCGUUUGCUUGCGUCGUCCUCGCUGCGACUCAGUAGGUAUCCCCGAGCUUCUACUCGCCCGCGUUCACGCCUGCAAUGCCAGCCUCUCCGUCCCCGCCCACUCGCUGCUUCUAUGCUCCACGCCGCACGGAGGCGGACACCGCCGCUCUCUGCCAGGUUCGCCGCCGCCGCCUUCUUCUCCGCCAAGCCCGAGCCCCAGCCGCCUCCCCUCUCGCCUCGGCUCGUCGAGGCCGCCGUCUCCCGCUGCCCCUCCGACGCCCUCGCCGUCUCCUUCUUCCUCUGGUGCGCCCGCCGCCCCGCCUACUUCCACCCGCCCUCCUCCUUCGACCGCGUCCUCCCCGCCGCCACGCGCCUCGCCUCCCGCCUCCGCACCGCGCCCGCGCUCCUCCACGAGCUCCACAGCCUCGGCUGCCCCAUCAGGCCCCACACCUUCCUGCUCCUGCUCAGGCUCUACUGGCGCGGGGGCAUGUACCCGCUCGUGCUCCACCUGUUCGACCAAAUGCCCCUGUGGGGCUUCCACCACAACGCCUUCGCGCGCAACAUCGUCCUCGACGUCCUGCUCAGGACAGGCUGCACCGACGGCGCACUGCGCUUCCUAGGAGACAACCCGUCGCCCAACUACCUCACCUACGCCAUCGUCCUGACCCAUCUCUGCAGAGCUGGGGAUUGGCCAGGGGUGCGCGCAUGCUUCGCGGCUAUGCUGAGUCAAGGUUUUCUCCCGAGUGCCGCUUCCCUUGCCUCGGUUUUCGCCUGCUGCAGCAAGGCUGGCACAAUGCCCGAGCUGCUACAGUUGCUGUCGUACGCACUGGUCUCGGGCCAGCAGCUCACCUCGGCCAUGUGGACAUGUCUCAUCGCUCGUAUGUGCACCGAGGGAAGGCUAGACGAGGCCUGCCGGAUACUGGGAAAUAUGAUGCGUUCUGGAUCUUCUCCCACGGUGGUGACUUACACACCCCUCAUCAGAGGCCUCUUCCGAGCUGGGAGGCAUGCCAAGGUCGGCCAGCUUUUGGGGUCCAUGGCCUCCAACAGCUGCAACCCAGACCUUGUUCUGUAUAAUGUUCUGAUGGACUGCAUGAUGAGGGAGAAGAGAUAUGAUGAGGCCAUAGACAUUUACCUGCAUCUUCAUGGGAGCCAGAUGAAGCCGGAUGCGUACACUCUCUCUACUUUGGUUCAGGUAUUGCAGUUGUCACGGAACAUAGAUCUUCUUCCUAGGUUGAUCUUGGGCACGAGAAUCUCCUACGAUCUUGUGGCCUGCAAUUCUGUGAUGAGUGCUCUGUGCAAGUCCGGGUUUCCAUCCGAAGCCCUUCAGUUUUACAUUGAUAUGAUCGGUUUGGGCAUCACGCCAGACAGCUACACUUAUGUUGGAUUGGUGGACAGUUUAUGUGAGCUCGGAAGGAUAGAUCAUGCGAUCAAUGUCUACCGCAAUGUUGUCAUAAGCAAUCCUGACUCGGACGCCUACGUUCAUGCAGCCAUCCUCCGCGGUCUUGUUAGAAGGGGCCAAAACCAUAUGGCGUAUAGAAUUUUCAGGGAGGCUGUGCGUCAAAAUUAUGCACUUGAUGUUGUGUGCUACACCACUGUUCUGCAUGGUCUUUUCCGAGCACGUUUGGUUGAAGAGGCUCGUGAUUUGUUUGACAAGAUGAAGGAUUCAGGAAUUAUUUCCAACACUUGCACGUACAAUGUAAUGCUUCGUGGACUUUGCAGAACCAGGGAUAUGCUUGCAGUCACACAGUUACUUACAGAAAUGGAAUGUGCCGAUGUUGAGAUGGAUAGUAUCUCAUUCAACGUGCUAGUUGUGCUCUUAGUGAAGUUGCAACGUAUCAGUUCGGCAAAAGCUUUGAUCAGAGAAAUGCUCAACCUAGGCAUGAAACUUAGCACCAAAACUUGUUGGUUAAUCUCUCAGUCAAUUGGUCAUAGAUUCGUCUUGGAGGAUACUGCCAUUGCUGAAAGUGAGGGAUCUGACUCAACUAGUGAUCUGCUUGUAUGCUCAGCUUCAUAGUCAACUGUUAGACUGAACAAACAUUCUUUAUCUGGUAUCUAUUAAUGAUGCAUACAAAAUACAAACUACUAAAGGCUGGACAGGCCCUAAUUGAAGUCCUGCCACGCAGAGAUGCAGGUUGGUGAGACAUAUGAGCUGUUUGAAUUAACAGGGAAUGAAGCUGUUUGUUCUUAUCAAUAUUGUAUUGUUCCAUGACACGAUGCCGCAGUUCUCUAUUUCAAGAGGCUUACACCUAAAUGAUUUUGCCAAAUGGCCCAUGGACUAGAUUUAAAAGGAACUGCAG